UUAAUCUCCUUCCUUAUCUAUCCUUAUUCCUUGGGGAGAGGAAGGCACAGUGAAAGAGAUAUGCUUUCCUCAAUUAACCUUCCUUUGCUCUGCCCUUCAUUACCGAAACAUGGAUAUUGUAGUUCAAGAACUAGGACAUGUAGUAUUGUAAGGAAAAAAAGAGCAAGAACAAUGGUUUUUGCAAGCAAUGAAGGUAACUCAGAAGUGGGUGUUCAAGUUGGCGAGCAGCUUUAUCUUGGGUUGGACUUUGGGACUUCUGGUGCUAGGUUUGCACUCAUCGACAAGGGAGGGACAAUUCAUGCCCAAGGGAAGAGAGAAUAUCCGCUAUAUAAGAUGCUGUCUAUGCAAUAUGAAUUUAGCAAACAAGUUGCAUAUAUUAAAGAAGCUUCCUACAGAAAGAGAAAAGAAACAAUGGACUGGGUACGUUCUUGGAAACAGACACUUUUCUUGCUACUUGAAGAUGUUCCAUUUCAUCUUCGCCAAAUUAUUGCUUCCAUUUCCAUUGAUGGGACUUCUGCAACUACCAUGAUUAUAGACAGCACAACAGGAGAACCAUUAUGGAGACCUUUCCUCUACAAUGAGAGUUGUUCUGAUGCUUUGCCAGUAGUAAAGUCUAUUGCUCCUGAAAACCAUACGGUUUGCUCUGGGUCCUCAACUCUGUGCAAGCUUGUCUCAUGGUGGAACAGUGUUGAUUCAAAUAAAGAAUCUGCAGCAUUGUUGCAUCAAGCAGAUUGGUUACUGUGGCUUCUUCAUGGAAAUCUUGGAGUGACUGAUUACAAUAAUGCUUUGAAGGUUGGCUAUGAUCCUGAACUUGACUCUUAUCCACCGUGGCUGCUCUCUCAGCCGUAUUCUCAACUCUUACCUUCUGUUAAAGCUCCUGGAACUCCAAUUGGUGUCCUAAAAGAAGACAUUAGAACACAAUAUGGUUUUGCAAAAGAUUGUGCUGUAUGCACAGGAACCACUGAUAGUAUAGCUGCCUUUCUUGCAGCUCGUGCAACAAAACCAGGGAAAGCUGUCACUUCUUUGGGUUCAACACUUGCUAUAAAACUUCUGAGCACCAGUAGGGUUGAUGAUGCCCGAUAUGGAGUGUAUAGUCAUCGUCUUGAUGAUAAGUGGCUUGUUGGAGGAGCUUCAAAUACUGGUGGAGCUGUUCUUCGACAAAUAUUUACUGAUGAGCAGUUGGAGAACUUGAGUGAACAGAUUAAUCCCAUGAAGACCUCUCCACUAGAUUUCUACCCUCUCCCAACAGUUGGAGAGAGAUUUCCCAUGGCAGAUCCAAAAAUGGCCCCUAGGUUACACCCUCGACCAGAAAGUGAUGUUGAGUACUUGCAUGGGAUUUUAGAAUCAAUUGCACGUAUUGAGGGAAAGGCUUAUAGCUUAUUGAAGGAUCUAGGAGCAACCCAAGUUGAAGAAGUGUUCACGGCUGGAGGUGGUGCAAAAAAUGAGAAAUGGACAAAGAUUCGAGAGAGGUUACUUGGUUUGCCUGUGAGUCGAGCAAUUCAAACAGAGGCUGCUUAUGGAGCUGCUUUAUUGGCAUUGAAGGGUGCCCAACAAUGUGCCCAGUGAGAACAGUGUGGAGGGGAUAGACCAGGUCGAUGGCAAUGGAGUGAAGGCAGCAGAGGAGAAACCCAACAUUAAGUGAUGAUUCUUAUUAAGUUGUUUAUUGCUCAUGUAGACAUUGCUUCUGGUGAAUAGCACCGGUUUAUGAUAUCAUGAUGGAUUUACAUUGUUGUGAUCAAAUCUCAUAUUUACUGAGCAUAAAUUUGCACAAUUUUUCUCGAGAUAAA